AUGAAGCUCUUAAUUUAUGUGGCGCUCACCUUUGCGAGUGUCGCGAUUGCAAUCCCAGUGAGCAAUGGUAAGUCUAUAUCUUCCUUUGAAGAAGGGCAAAUGUUCAUAAAGGAAAUUAGCUAUCUCUGAUGCCGAUGAUUUGGUUCGCAAUUCGUGGUCUGCCAAACGAGAAAGCAGUGCUGAUGCCGAUGACUUGGUCCGCAACUCUUGGUAAGACACUACUGGUCCCCUACUUCUAGCUUUCAUCGACGAUGUUUUAAAUAGUCCCUGAUCCUUCUCAAGACUAUUACUCUGUCAUCUCCUGGGUUGUUCCUGUUUUCUUAAAACGUGAAAGCUAAUGAUCAUAUCACAGGUCUGCAAAACGUAGCGCUGAUGCCGCUGCUGGAUCCAGUAAUUUGGCUUACAAAAGCUUGCCAUAG